CAGAUGCAGAUGCAGGAUACUAUCCCUGAUCACACUGCUGAUCAAGAAGAUCUCACUGCAUUUAUCUCUCAGAACCAGUAUUCACCAAUGCCUACUUUUCUGGAGAAAAUGAUGGAGAUUGUGCCUAGGGCACUGCCAAAUAUUCCAGAAUCUAUCCACAGCGCUAUAAUUGAUAGAAUUGUAAAUGCUGGCGGCUUUACAUCAAUUAAAGAACUCAGAUAUGUAAAAGAGGAUGACUUUGCAGACUUACUGCCUCUUGUAAGACGACGACAACUUUUGGAAGUAUUCCAAAUAGAGAGUAAAGUGAUCACAGUAAACCUUGAAAUCGUUCCAUCCUCCACCACCGAAGUCAGCAGCAACUGUCUAUCAAUCAUCAGUCCAUCUAGAAGUGAGGACAGCCCGUCUGCCUCCCAGCCUGUAAGGAAAACAUGGCCAGAGUCUUUUAAGGUGCCAUGGGACCUUAUGCCUGCGGAGAUUUGCACUGCCAUUUCAUCUUGUAAGAGACCUUCACCAGGUGCACGACGGCAGAUGGUCAGGAUAAUGUCCGAUGAGAUGAGGAAGUAUGAGCUGAAUCCAACACGAGCACAGUGCCUUGUAGUUUGCCGGAAUAUCGUUCACCAGUACCCAGAAAGUUUCGCCGAUCAGCGAGACAAUGGACAGCUUCUAGAUGGUGGAUAUGCAUCUCUGCUGAUUCAAGUGAAAAAUCGCAUCGAAAAUCUGAACCGUGCAAGCAGUUUUCAUCAGCACCGUUCAGCUAGCCAUGGACAAAAGAGAGGGCCUACUGAUACAUACGGAUGUACAAGAUUCCAGCCCAGCCUCCCUACAGAAGAGACUGAGGACACAAUGGAGACCAAGCGUCAACAACUGGAAGAGAUCUACAGUCAGGAUGGCACAGCUGGUGCUGAGAGACCACAGGUAAAGAAGCUAAUGGAUUCUACUUUCUACCUGCAGCGGUCCCACAUCAAUGUUGUACCUACACCAACCAUUGCAACUUUAAAAGCAAAGUGGCCGUACUUGUUCAGUCACAAAGGACUAUACUCCCACUUUGAGCUUCUUACUGAUAUUCCUGUGCUGCGUAGCCUUGACCUUGCCAUGGAAGAGUGUGGCAAAGUGAUUGUGGAAAUGUUCAAGACUAAACCGACAAAUGCAAGGAUGAAGGAAGUUCUUCGUCAGCUUGAUGAUGAUGUCGAGCUGUCCUAUCAAGUCAUCCAUCUUCUUCUGUCUCACUUUUCCGAAGAUGUCUCAGGACUCAUUGUUCUUGCAGAUGGAUAUGCCACUGCAGCUGACCUCGAGAGUUCACUCUCUUUACCUGCAACGCCUCGUCUGAUACUUCUUGGAGAAACAGGAAGCCGCUUCCAACGCUGGAUGCUCAGCAUUGAGGGCCAGAUUGUGUGCGAAGGGAUCCAGUCCACCUUUGUGACAGGGCUAGCGUCUUUUUUCUCCUGUUUUUACAUCUUCAACCUACAGUACCAAGAGGAGGCAGCCUGCACACUUGAAUUCAUCCAGAGACGCUUUGUGGGCAUAAACCCAGAAAAAGGGACAAAGGCUGCAAAGGGGAAAAAACGAAGAACGGUCAAUUCACACGUCGCCAGCCUCUUGCGCAGACUCAUGGACUUCCAGUGGGAUUUCAUUUGAAAAAGACCCAAGACUUUCCAAAGGAUCCUCAUUGUGUGCUUUGAGAAAAUGGUUAGUGGUCUAUGCAGUUACAGUGUUUUUAUUGUUUAUUGCUCUUUAUUGACCAGGAGUUCCAGUUAAGAGUUAAGUCUUGGCUUGAAUGUAUUCAUACAUGUUGAAUUUCAGUGGUUUGGUUAACAUUAAGUGUUGAGGUUCAGUAUUUUGUUAUAAUGAACAAUGUAUGUGUUUAAAAAAAUGUAUUUGCUACUUUUUAAGCCAUGAACAUGAGAACAUGAGAUUUACCUGUGAUUAAUCAGCCUAUGUGUAGCAUUUUUGAGUGACCAGGAGUCAAAGGGAAUGUCCUUGGUUUGAGUCUUUUUUGCAUAAUUUUAGCAGUUCAGGGAACAUUAAAUGUUGUGGUUUAGGGCCAUAUCUUGCUAGUUUAAGACCAACGCAGUUGUCAAUUUCGCAUCCGGCGCCCGCGUCGUUUAAAUAGCAAAUUCACCUG